GCGCUUCGUGGAUACGAUACGCAUCGAGAGCGAGCGUUGCUUUUCGACUCGAAAUCCAGCGUGCGUCUGCAACGGCACGCCGUGAAAAAAAUCGGCUAUGCGAACGUAAAGAGAAAGAGCUGCGUGACGCGAGCAGAAUAUUGGGUCUCGUCGCUCUCCCGAUGCUUUCGAUCGAGGCUUGGAAUGCGAUGCAGCGGAAUGGAAUGAAACGGAAUGAAGAGCCUUGCACCUUGGACGAUAAAGCUUUCGCGCACUCCUCGAUUACCACCUGCUCGUGGACCGGAGAAGAGGCGACGCGACCGCUCUCUUCUCCCUCGCGGCGAAUACCUGAAAUGCUUAGUUCGAUGUGUCGACUCCAAAGAGAAUUGCCUUCCGCUCGCGAAUUGUGCGAGGAAACGCAGGAAAUCGGAAUCGAAACGCUCCGGAAUCGACCGCCAUCCCUACGUCGUCACCCUUACCCACCUUUCGCCGCCUUUCGCGCCGAGAGAAACGAUCGCGACGAUUCUAGUCGAGUUUCAACGACGGAGAUCCGAAAAACGUAAACUAAAACUGUUCGCGUGUAUGGAGACUCGCGUUUCGAUUUUGACACCAUUCGACACCGUUUUCUCUCGGUGCGCACGACGCUGUGUUUUCAACUUUUCACCUCGUCGAUUGUUUCGCGGCUGUAAACGUGGUAUUCUGGAAGUUCUGUUUUUGUCGUUUUUUAUCCCGAAAAGAUCGCAUGCACGAGUCGUUUUCGAUACAUAUUGCGUGUCGCAAGGUGAGUGGAUGAUUUUUCGCUGGGAACCGUAGCAAAUUUAGGCGCGACGCUGUCACAGCUGGCAGCGACGCGACGAAGGGCGUAGAAACACGCGCGGGGUAGUUGACACGUACCUACAAAUUGCGAGUAUGCGUCACCACCCUCGCUCUUCCCAUUCGAUAAUUAAUGCCGUCGCGCUCGUUCGUGAACGACCACCGAAAUACGCGGGAACUUUUAUUCCAGCGAACCUGGACCAGAGUUCGCGUCGAAGUCGAUCGUGCGAUUUUGUACGGAUUCGUACUUGGAUCGAAUGCGAGUAUGCGGCGCGAGGAAACACGAAUUUUUUUGGACGGGAAUCGCAUUCCCCCGGGAAGUACGCGAAGCAGUGGUUUCCAAAUCUCUCGGAUCCCGUGGCCCCGUCGUUUGUUUUCGAAACUGGAGUCGUUCGAUUUCGAAGACGGAUGGAUAUCGAUGCGUCGUCCACGUUUUUUCCGUGUUAAAAGUUUCGCGUCGCGUCCCCUACGGCUCUCUUGGGGUUGCGCCCCCUAGUUUGGAGAGCACCGAUGUAACACGUUGAUAACGUUUAGCUAAAAAUACGCGAGCUUCUCGCUGCGAUUUUAUCCGUUCCCGUGGCGAGACGUAAUUUCCAUCGAAUUUCAAUCCGCGACGUGUUUGCUCAACGUCGAUCGCGAAAUUGUAAGAAACCUCUGUCCGCGACGAUUCAAUCGUUCGCGAUUAAAUAUCAUACAUCAUGCAUCGAGCGCACCACACCCAUCGACUCGCAUACAACGAGCACGGGACACGGACACGUGUAUACACAGACACAGACACAGGCUCGCGCGCGCGUGUACACACGAGGCCAGACAAGAAUAUAGGAUGACGGUACCUGCAACGACGAGUCUCCAAUCGCCCGAUCGAUCGAACAUACUCAGUCAGUUCCAGCGUUCGGUAAUUGGAACGCCGGACCGGUCGAUAACUAUGAAUGAGCUAUUGAUUUCGGACGAAAAAUGUUUUUCGACGUCGAACGCGUGCUCGACGAAGUCACGCGUGAGAAGUCGAAUCGAUAGAAAAAAAUCGACUGUUCGCUAAAAACGCUUAAGGCACUGUUCGAAAGAAAAGAAAACGACGUCGUAGUUUAGACGAGACCUAUGAAUAUUGAUUCAAUUUAUUUAAAGGAGCGAUAGCCAUUCGAAUACGUUACGUCCGAUAAAAAUCUACGUCGUUGGAAAUACGUAGCGCGAAUCGCUUACGACUGGAUUUAUUCGUCGGACCUGAUCCGCUUAGGUAUUACUUUCAUCGGAGAUUGCUUUCGAGUUGUCGAAGGCAGAAGAAAAAAGAAAAAAAAAGAGAGAGAGAGAAAGAGAGCUCGUUCGUUUCGACGGUCCCUAGUAAAAUCUCGAGCCUCGACGGAAGAUAGCUUAAGCAUUCGCGGAAUUAAUAAUACACGUCGCGACGAACAAAGUGGAGCAACGGUCCUCGAAUCGGCUAUAGUUGACCGUGCUGCGAUUCACGGCAAUCCACAUGGUGCGUGACCGACUUUUUUGUACAAUAAUAAAGUAGAAAGGUAUGUAGCUUCCCUCCAAGAUUUAAUUUGCUCCGUGCGCCCCGAGAUUGAAUUUACGACGUCGGGCGUCGGACGACCGGUGCCAGGCAGAAAGGGAGAGAACGGACAGGCAAAAGCGAACGAGCUGAAAGCCGAGGAAAAGUCCUAAAUCCGCUGGAAAGUGGAACGGUUUCGUAUAUACGUGUACAGGGUGGACCAUGCAAACGGGAACGCGUCGUGUAACGUGUUGUAGCGAAAGCGGAUCGUCGAGCGAAUGUAAACGUCGCGAAUGUGUCGCCAGUGAGCGUACACUUUCGCGAAACGCGAAAGACGUCUGUUCGAGGGAUUUAACCUGGCCGUUGAUGAGUCAGCGAGUCGGAACUUUUAUUUUUAUAUUCACUAGCGGACAAGCAAACCGAAACGAUUUUAAAAAGGUUAAUAAUGAGAGUUUGAAUAUGAGAGUUUUCAACCGAUUUCGGCGAAACUUCGCGAGGAAUGGUCUUCAAGUGUCUUCUGGGUGUGUGCAAAGUUGCAUUGGCGAAGGUUGAUGUGAAGGGGUUGAUCCACUCCCCUAAAGAGGAGGGUGUAGAAAAACGCCUCUUUGAAACAGGCCAGGAACGACGGAAGGGAUUGACUGUAUGUGAUACAAAACGGAAGUUUCUUUAAAAUAACCAAUCCUUCCCAAUCCUUCUCGUUCUCAGAUCUCUCUCGUCGUCCGUGAUUGGUUAGCGGCGAAUGCUAAUUUCGCGUCAAGGCGAGACAUGAACGAUAGCGAAACCCUAAUUCAGCGUUACCUAAGUAUAUUUCCCCACAAGCCCAUUUUUUAACGGUAUCCUUCAUUCAGCCAUGAUACUUCUUCUCAGUGGUUACAAGCUUUCUGAAGCCUUUUAAGCGUUUGUAUUGUAAACCGUUGCCUUUGAGGCAGGCUCGUCGUUGCUCGUCGUUGGCCCCUUUCUUUCUUUUGUUUCCAAAGAGAGCUUCGAAUCGCCGGGUUUCAAUUCUCAUUUUCUUUAGCUUUCUCUCGAGUAACGAACCUAAUAUCGGACGCGAUAGCAUUACGUUCGGACGAUACCGUUGCUCUCGGUUUCCAAACAGUACCGCCGACUUCCUGGAGUGUUUAUCCCCCUGUCGUUGAAUUUUCUUUAAUUACUUUCUUCCUUCGAUCCUUCGCGUCGAGAGUACCGUUUAAAUGAAACUCGUCUUCGCCGAGUCGAUCCUCGAACGAAGCUGUUUCUGUACGUCGUCGUUAACGUUCGAAUUCGAUGGUUCGUCGUUCCCGAGUGUCGCGCGACGUUCGUAAAUGUAAACAUUCGGAUUCGAGUCUGUCCACCAUGCGUGUGGAGACUUGUCAACAACAUCGGUACGUCACUGAAGACCUCGACGUUAGCAUAGGUCGCAGACCAAUACUAUCUCUUCGAGCCGAUGCAGACACGGUAGUUAGCGGUCGGUCGUAUGCACGGCUUCAGUUCCCUGUCGACGAAGAUCUGUCUCGGUUCGCGUAUCGACGAACGUUUCGGUUCUUCGACGCGUGUUUAUGCAUCGGAGCUGGCCGAGUCUCGUACCCAGUUUCGACAAAGCCGAGCCGCGAUGUUUCGUAACGAGCUUUUUAUAUUUGGUCGCGGUAUCGUUUAACCGAUCCCGCGAUCGUGCGCGACGUUUGAAUCUGUCAAAAUUUCGGUCGAAAUGAAAAUGGCGACACCGUUACGAGAGCGUAACUCGCCGUAGAGCCUAGACGAUGUUCCGCGAAAAACGAUGUCGCGUCUCGUAAUUUUCUCCGUAUAAAAUGAUCGACGUACACGAUCGAUAAUUUCGACGGGUGCUUGGCGGACCGCGAGCUCCGUGCAUAGUCGCGGAUCGAACGGUGCGACGAUGUAUUUUCGUGGAACCGUUUAAAAUGUUCCGGUAGUGUGAUAUGGGUUUUGGUGCCUUCGUCUUGGACUCUGUGAUUCUACUUGUCGUUAGCAACGUUAUUCUGCGUUCGCUCGGCAUCUGUUACGUGUGCCUGCCGUAUUCCCUCGUCUUGACUGUAUUCGUUGCGAGCGCUGUCUACUUAUCGCUGCCGAAACUCAGCAGCCAGGACGAGGAUGGGCCGAACCCCCACACCCAAUACACAGGCGUCACGCACUUCGAGCCCAUACCGCACGAUCAUGACUUUUGCGAGAGGGUCGUCAUCAACGUGAGCGGGUUACGGUUUGAGACGCAGCUACGUACGCUGAACCAAUUUCCGGACACGCUCCUUGGCGAUCCGUCACGGCGGCUCCGAUACUUCGAUCCGCUUCGCAACGAGUACUUCUUCGAUCGGAACCGGCCUUCCUUCGACGCGAUACUCUACUACUACCAAAGUGGCGGCAGGCUGCGUCGUCCGGUCAACGUUCCUCUCGAUGUCUUUUCCGAAGAGAUCAAGUUCUACGAGCUGGGCGAGUUGGCAACCAACAAAUUCAGGGAGGACGAAGGAUUCAUCAAGGAGGAAGAGAAGCCGCUGCCAGCGGACGAGUUCCAAAGGAAGAUCUGGCUGUUGUUCGAGUACCCGGAGAGCUCGCAGGGCGCCCGGGUGGUCGCCAUAAUAUCCGUGUUCGUGAUUCUCCUGUCGAUUGUGAUAUUCUGCCUGGAGACCCUGCCCGAGUUCAAACACUACAAGGUCUUCAACACGACGCUGAACGUCACGAAGAUCGAGGAGGACGAAGUGCCGGACAUUACGGACCCGUUCUUCCUAAUAGAGACUAUUUGUAUCAUCUGGUUCACGUUCGAGUUAUCGGUGCGCUUCCUCGCCUGUCCAAAUAAACUGAACUUCUUCCGUGACGUAAUGAACUUCAUCGACAUCAUCGCGAUCAUUCCUUACUUCAUCACGCUCGGCACCGUGAUGGCCGAGAAUGGGGAGGAUUUCGAUCUACCUAAGGCGCCGGUAAGCCCGCAGGACAAGAGCACGAACCAGGCCAUGUCCCUGGCGAUACUCAGGGUCAUCAGGCUCGUCAGGGUGUUUCGGAUAUUCAAGCUAUCCAGGCACAGUAAAGGCCUUCAGAUCCUCGGCCGUACGCUCAAGGCCUCCAUGAGGGAGCUCGGCUUGCUCAUCUUUUUCCUCUUCAUCGGUGUGGUGCUAUUCUCAUCGGCGGUAUACUUCGCGGAGGCCGGCUCCGAGAAUUCGUUCUUCAAGUCCAUUCCGGACGCGUUCUGGUGGGCCGUUGUCACGAUGACGACCGUGGGCUAUGGUGACAUGACGCCUGUGGGAGUCUGGGGGAAGAUCGUUGGCUCGUUGUGCGCGAUCGCCGGUGUCCUGACGAUCGCCCUGCCCGUUCCCGUCAUCGUCUCCAACUUCAACUACUUCUAUCACCGUGAGACUGACCAGGAAGAGAUGCAGUCGCAGAACUUCAAUCACGUGACCAGCUGCCCGUAUCUCCCUGGCACUUUAGGUCAACAUUUAAAGAAGAGCUCGAUGUCGGAAUCGUCGUCGGACAUAAUGGAGCUGGAAGAGGGCAUACUGCUCACUCAUCCGGAGAUUACGAAGAAGCCCAACUGCAACCCUCGCCAUAAUAACAAUAUUAAUCCAGCCUGUAUGAGCAUCGAGACUGACGUCUGACUACUAGUGAAGGAGACUGUGGCAACGUGGUGGCCAGUGCUGGAGCGGUUGUCGAAGAACAGCUGCAGCUCCCUGCGAUGCCUGACGUAGGCCUCCUUCACACGUCGUCGUAGUCGUGCUAGCUGCGAGUGCUAGCGAUAUAACGCGUGUACGCGUGCGCGCUGGCCGUUGGAUCGCGCACGCCUGUGCGAGCGCGCGCGCGCUCGCGCCCUCUGUCCAUAGUCUGUCAAUACGAGGGGUGCUUCCAAUCCAUUAUUACACGUCGACGAGAUUGAAAGAGACGGGAUCGUUGGCUCCGCGUCGUUGACGAAAACGUGGAAAUGAAAAAUGUUUUGGGGAACGACGGUGAAAGUUAUCGCGUAACGAUAAAUGUAAAAACAAAAAAAAUAAGUAUAGCGAUAAGGGCAAAGGAGAGAGAGAGCAGAGGUAGAGGAGGAGAGAGAGAGAGAGAGAGAGAUAGAGAGAGAAAGAAAGAGAGAUAGAGGGGUGGCGAUAGCUUCGAUGAAAAGCAAAAAAUAAGACAGCCGCUUCGGAGGUGUUUACGGUACACACGCACCCCACGUAGGGACCUACGUGUUAAUAGGGGGGAUGGAGCGGAGCAAUAAUUCUCGCGCGUCCAACCCCCACACCACCGACUCCAGUGUUCACUACAAAUGAUAACAAAUAAAUAAAAAAAAAAAAAAUGUAACAAAUAAACGAAAGGGAAGAGAGUUGAAUCGCAGCGGCUUCGCGAGGGAGGAAAAAAAAUGAAACAAAAAAAAAAGUAAUAAUAACGAACGAUCGUCGUCAAAUCCCCCCUCCCUGACGACGUUAUUCGCGCGAGUCGGCAAACACGGCACUCGGUCGGCGACAGGGGGAACCGACCGGCGACGAAACCAGGGAAAUCGUAAGAGAUAAUACUAAUUAAUUAUUGUCGAUAUAAUUAAUCGAGUACACGUAGGCAAAGGUAUGACGCAAACGACGUUCGUCGUAACGAUAAUAUCGACAACUCUUCGCGAAUACGGACGAAGCCACGAUCGAGCGGAAGAGAGGACGACGAAGACGAGAGAGAGAGAGAGAGCGACAGAGAAGAGAACCGAAGGGAAACUGCGAUUGCGCUCGUGGCGAGAAGACCGACUUCCAAAGACACCUGUAGGCGUUACGUACGGAGAACGGCUACGGAUACGUGCGUGUCUUGCAGCGGAGAAAACUCUUCCUUUUUUUCUUUUUUUUUCCACCGUGGAUAACCGCUAGAAGUAAGCCGGCAUCGACGUAUCUUUUUAAAACGCUAGACCGAUUGGAAUACAAUUCGUUUCUCGGAGCGUAACACCGCACCUCUAAUUACACGCAAACAAACACAAACAGAUAUAUAUAUAUACACACGCAUGGCUCUUGUUACGUAGGCAAGCAUCGGCGAACGCGGUAUGCCACCACUGACGUUUGUUACGAUACUUGGAAAUAUUCUACUCGGAGUAACGUCGAUCCCUCGACCGUGCAGAAUCUCGGGGAGUCGAAAGGAUACGCGAUAAAAGAGAAGAUACUCGGUUCGAAAAAUUCCACGAAUCGCGCCGACGAUGUCUAAUUCAGAUUUACGACGGAGAGGACUCCCCUGUUCCACACGAUCGAGACACCAACGUCGACCGAGAUCCGAAGGUACGAGCUCCGGAACCGGAAGCGAGGAGAGCAACUAGUCGAGAAGUUUUCCUUGCCGCGUCAUCCUGAUUCCGCGAGACUCGAACGAGCAACUCGAGGUCGCAGCAGAUCGGCGCGAACGGUGCGACAAGCUUGCAAUAGCGCGCUGACUGACAGCCACGGAUCACGCUCGGAAGUCACGUGACUUCCCCUCCUAUUGUCCAAUCCGAUAUUUGGCGUAGAAGAGGGAGUCGAGUAGCAGCGAACGCAGUGCCACGCGGAGACUCGGCGAGAAUUUAGUCGCGCGAGGGACCCUUACGGCGCGUUAAACGGAAAAGCAAAGGUAGCGAACGAACCGAUUUGCGGCCAAGAUAGAGGAAAAGAGGCGCGGGUCGAGACGCUCGGGAAACGUUCGAGUGAACGAUCAUUUUUGUCGUCGCCAUGAUUCGCGCGUUGACCGCCGGGAGCCUAAGGUGUCGCGAGUCAGAAGGCCAGGAGAAUUUUUAGUUUAGGCGUCCAAAAAUGUCGCGCGCCGUUUCGUGUUACCUGAAACAAGGAACACCCGAGCAAUUUAUCCAUCGAGUUUGUUUCGGAAUUCGUUACGAGACGAAGAACUUCAUUCUUCGGUGUAACGUGUUUGACACGAAGCCAAAAAAUUAACGAAUUACUGUUAGGAUUACUGUUAGACAAAAUUUUGGUCUCCUAGGGAACUCGACGAAUAUCGAAUAGUCUGACAAUCACCCUAUCGAAUAUAUUUAGCGUAUUUAAUUAAAUUAGACGAAAUUAUUGAUUCGCGGACUUGGAAUAAAUUGAAAUUACCACUCGAUUCGAUCGAUGUUUGAAAUCGCGAACGAUACGAAUUACUUGGAGAGGAACGACGCGAGAUUAGAUCGUUCGGACGACGGGAAUCGAGACACCGGAAACUAUUUUCUCGCCCUUCUGACUCGCGGUCCGUCGACUGGGUCACGAUUAUUUUUGAAACAGCGGGAAGAGAGGGGGGACGUCGCAUAUUUUGUUCUCUUCCACUCGCGAGACACCCUUUUCUCCACUAACGGUUGAGAACGAUCACGACGCACGUCGACUGAUCGGGGAAAAAGAGCUAAUUUUCGCACCCUUUCGGCCGAGCGUCCAGUAGAAUAAGCGAAUUAUUAGUUAUAGAAUUAGUCGUACGCGCGUUACAAUUUUAGCGAAUCGUAUACGUCUUUGAAACCGUGACGAACGAGUUUGCACGACGAAUGCCAACGCGAAGCAGUAUUUUAAAGCGUUACCUACGUAUUUUUAAACACCAGACUACUUUUAAAGUAACGAUAACGAGAAAAAAAAAAAAGUGAUCGCCGAAAGGGUGAACGGCCGACAAAAAAAGAAACGUACGGUUAAGGGGGACCCUUUCACUUCGAAUCUUCGCGUUUCUUUGCCUUGCUUGGCAGACUGCGCGAGGUCGAGAUUAUUAUCUUUUUUUUUUUUUAUCUUUCUUUCUUUCUUUCUUUUCUGCGUUUUGCGCGAAGGCGGAAGAGCGCGGCAGACGUGUACAGGGUCCGAGGAAGAACGCAGAGAGAAUAGGAGAGGAGGAAAUCGGUACGACGAUGCUCGGAUAAGCAAUUUUCUGUUGCGUCUCGAGUUGAUGGCAAAACGAAUUGGCAGGCCAAUCGAUCCCCCGGACGUGGAAGUACCGCGCUUUCCCUAUCUCUUCGCUGUCAUCUCAAUGUUUCGCCUCUUUCCUGGCGGGAGAAAGCGCAAUUCCAAAUCGCCAAGACUGCCAUUUCACCAUUCUCAGUAAAAUAAAACGGAAAUUAAACGAGAACUUAAAGAAGUAACGACGUCGCGUAAACGAUACGUCCACGAUCAUUUCGAAGUAACGUCGUCCGUGCUCGAACACUUUCCGAUCGGAUCCGUCGUGCAAUGGGCCAAUCGCUCGGGAUCGAGAAGUUCCCGUUGAAGUCGUCGUGAACCGUGACGAUCGCCCUCGGUUACCGCUCGACGAAAGCGGUCGCGCCCGUCCACUCGUCGCGUCGAAUUUUUUUUCCGCUGGAACGCUCGACAGGCUGAACCGUAUUUUCUUUUUUUUUCUUUCUUUCUUUCUUUUUUUUUUAACGUUUUUCGUCAACUUCGAAGCGCGCGAGACUCGAUCGUCACGGUUUGGUCGAGUCGGUCGCGCGACUCCGUGGUUUUCCCUCCGGCGGAACUUUUCGGCCGCCGUUGUACCGGCACCCAAGGUCCGCGGGAAGACGCCGUUCGUUCGAACAACGGAGCGAUCGAAACGCGAUCCGCACGCAUUCCCACGGAUAACCGACUACGAUGAACAAAGGAAGUCUGACGUUAAUAGCGAAAACGAUAUUAAAAAAAAGAGGAAAAAAUAUUGCAAAAAAACAUUAGCGGUUAUUCGAGAAAACGAGACGAACGAAAUAUAAAAACGUGACGCGCGGUUGGCGGAUACUUAAACGAACAAAUCGAAUAAGAUGCAAGCAAACGAGGAAGAAGAAGAAGAAAAAAACAAAAAAUAUAAAAGCGAUUCCAUUAUUCAAUUUAUUAGGUCUUAGACGCGAGUUUUAUCGAAGGGAUAUAUCUCAUCUACCUUUUAUUAGACGAAGCGAGCAAAGGCAAGAAGAAGCGAAACUUUGAUACCGUGGCGAAUCGAAGAACGAGUGGAAGAAAGCAUAAUUGCGCGUGUGUUUUGUAAGAGAAAAUCGGAGAGAAUGAGGCUUUGUGAAUGCGCGACGUACGGGUGCGUGUAGCAGUGCGUGUGCGGGAAAAUGUGGUGAUGAUGAGAGAUCGUGGGGGCGAGUGUGUGGUACCAGGAGAGCGAGACAGGUAACAAAACAAUAAUUAUACUGAGAUUUAUGUUACGCGCCUUUAUUACGAGUACUUGAACUUUUCGCCUCGCUACUUUAGUUAGUGGAAGGAAAAAAAAAUUUUAACAAAGCGCAUCAAACUACCAGCCUAGCUAAUUCCGCGAGGAGAAUUAAAAAUGAAAAAAAACGCAAAACAAUUUCGCAGAGGAUAAAUUUAUUACUAUUAACGAAAAAAAAAUUAGUGCUACUAUUAAAAAAAAAAAAAUGAUCUAUUAACUAAAACCUACUACUAUUACUACAACUACUACUACCACUACUAUUACUAUUACCACUAAUACUGCUACUGCUACUGCUACUACAACUACUAUUACUACAACAACAACAACAACAACUACUACUACUACUACUACUACCACUACUAUUACUAUUACUAUACUACUACUACUACUACUACUACUACUACUACUACUACUACUACUACUACUACCGCUACUACCGCUAUCCGCAGAUACUAUCAUCACUGCAAUUACACCCUCUAUUGUCACUUCAGUAAUUUUACCACACGAAACAAAAAAGAAAACGACGACUAAACUCCUACCACCCACCACCAUCGCUACUCCUACUACUAUUAUUCUACUCUACUACUAUUGUAUAUUACUAUCACUACCGACAGUAGUGCGUAAUCGUUACUUUCGUUAUUAUUAUUAUCUACGUCUACUACUACUAUUGCUGCUGCUGCUGCUGCUGAUAUUACUACUACUACUGUUACUACCGCUAUUACUACUACUAUUAUUACUAAUACCGAGUACUAAAUACAACCUACAAGCUACUGUUUACUACCGAGCUAAAGCGAAGAGAAACAAAACAAAACAAAACAAAAAAAAAGAAGAUAUACAAUGACGAAACACGCUACGGUGGAAGUAUUUAGAUAACGAGAGGCGGGAAACUACUCUGUUAGACGGUCGUAGCUGUUAGAGGUAUCGAAAAAAAUAGAGAGUAGGUAGGGUAGUUGGUAGCGAGUACGGUAUUCGCCAUGUUGGAAUUUAUCGAGUAUUAGGUAAGCGUUCGAGAGGAAAAAAAAGAAAAGAGAGAAAAAAGCGUUUGUCGUUCCGUUCGAUUCUCAACGGGCGGACUCGCGUCGUGUGUCAGCAUAAACGAGAGGAAGAGGAUUGUUUCGCUUUCACGAAGACGUAUACGUCUUUCCAUCGUUUUCGAACGUUUUCACGAGGCUGCCCCCUCUUUUCCAGCGCGUUCGAGACAAAACUCUUUCUACGUUUCUCGCCCUCGGCAAUCGGGAAGCGCGUUAAAUAACACGAUAUACGCUCUCGAAAAACGUAGGUUACCUUUUCGUUGUCUUGUUUUUCACUUUUUUUUUCGUUUUUUUUUUCUUUUCAUUGUUCGAGAAGGACCACGAACAACCGAUCGAUCUCGGCUACCGUCGAACGCAUCCGGACUCUUUUAACACGUUCACCGUCGAUUGGCGCGCGAGCGCGAUAGGACAUAUAAGUGUGAGCCACCGGUGGUACACGGCGCCGUGAACGUGUUGAAGCCAAAAAGAAAAAAAAAACGCAAAAGAUUUUCAUCUGUUUGGAUAUAGAAUAUUUUCUUCGUCACCUCGAAGCUUCCCUUCCGCUUUGAAAAUUCACUGGUACGAACGAAGGGAUCGGUAGCAGCCACGUUUCACAUACGCGCGCGACCGUGAGCCACCGGUGGUACACGGCCGGCGCGAAACGCGUCGAACUUUCCAUCGCGUUUACUUACGCGUAAUCGAGAUCGAUCGGGUCCCGAACACGUGUCCCGAGUCGAAUCGAAGCGAACGGAUAGACACACACACACACGCCGUCUUUUCGUUUCGCGGCGAUACGAGAGCGAACACGGUGCGUGCCGAGUGGCGGUGGUGGUGGUGGUCCGUCGAUGCGACACAUCAACCCUUUUCGACUCGCGUACGAAAAAAACGUGGCGAGGCGUUCCUUUUGUAAGAAGAUCGACGCACUUGUCCUCGCCUAAUGCGAAUAUCAUACUCGUAGCAACCAAGAGAAGCAAACAGACGAAACAGAAACGAAAAGAAACGUUCCUCCGUGGUAGACGCUGCGCGCUAGCGGAAAGACGUCGGAUGUCGAGCGACGAAUUAUCGCGUGCGCGUCGAAUCGAGCGUCGUCGAUCGCUGAUCGCCGUGCGUCCGUGUAUCCUCCCGGUAAAUGAAGUAGGGAGCGUGAAAGAGAGAGGGGAUAGAGUGACAGAAAACAGAGAGUUUGCGAGGAAGAAGGUGAGAGAGGAGGGAACGAGCGAAUGGAACGAUCGAAAGAAAAAAGUCGGAUACGCAUUCCAAACUCGAUGAAAAUUAGCGAAGAAAACAAUCGAAGACCAUGGAAGAAAAACUCGUUACGUCCAAAAAUUAGAAAAUGGAGAAAAUCGUGAUUGUAGUUUACGUUAUUCCUAGGGGCAUCGAUAGUGGUUUAAAAAUUCGGGAAAAAUACGUAUUUCGAAGUUUAAUGUAUCCAGUUUAAGAAGCCAGCGAUGAGAAAAAUUAUCCCGGUAACCUUUUAUUUAAAAAAACAAACAAAAGCGGAUUUCUAUCUAAAGUGGACAUAAUUAGUUUUUUCCCUUGUCUGUUAAAACGAUUGAUCGAUUUUUCGAUCGCAUAAAUCGAUUCCUUGCCUCUUUUCCGCUAGAUGGCUUGCGUGUUUCGAUUUCGGUCAAAAUUGGACGUAAUGAGUUUUUCUCCUUUGGUCUUCAAUUGCGUAGGUAUUCCGUCGCAAUACGAAACAGCCUUAUUCCCACGUGCGCAUACGAAAAAAAAAAACGUGGAUCGAGUGUGGAUCCGUGAGCUGAACACGUGGGAACGUGGCUUAUCGCUCAAAUCUCGCGAUUAACGAUACGAAGCGUACGAGAAUAACGUUUAAUUCACCUUUAGUCGAAUACCCCCUGCUGCAUUGUAUCUCGAUCUCUCUUUCUCUGUUUUUCUUUUUUCUUCUUUUCUCGCUCGCUCUUCCUCCUUUCUCUCUUCCCUCUCUGAAUCGCUGCAAUUGGCCUGCCAUUUUUGUUUUCCAAACUGGAACGCAAAACAAUUUCUCGCAGUCCCACGUUUAUCUUUCCGUAUAAAAGGUACCGAGAAACGCGACGCCAAGUAUAAGUUUUAAGGCAGAAGGACGGUUGAUAGGUUGCGAUCGAGUAGCUAAGUCUCGUCGGUGGUUUUCCUUUCUAGAUACCAAAAGUCACGGACACGAUCGAGCAAGCACGAUUUCACGUUGCGCUCGCGCGACAGAGUUGGCGCCACCGUCUCGUUGUCAGCCGAGAGAAUUGACGAGAGUCCGUUGAAUUUACGCUCAAGUUUAUAGAGACUCGAAAGAAACACUUCACCGAUACGAGAUGAUAGCUUCGCAUCGGGCCUUGCGAGCGUUUGCGAAGGCAGCAGGGGAGCGAUUACUCUUUCAAAUGGAAGCGUACCGUGUAUAAUUCGAGGAGAAAGGGGAAGGAUGAUAGAACCAAAUGCGACCACUCGUAGACCGAGUGGUUCGAGCUCUCAAGUGAUAUAUUUAGACAUAUUGCGAUCGACGCUGAACGACACGAUCCAUUGAAUUAUUAAUCUUAACGAUUUAAAUCUACGGUUUGUUAUCAUUGAGAUAUUCAGCAAUUUCAACCAGGAUCGAAUGUUAGGUGUAAUGCGAUACGCGACGCGUGAACGUAUUACGCGCACGGUCGUUCUCGUAAAGAGAACAAAGGAAUGUGUUGUUGUAAACGUAGACGUAAUUUUAACGGGGGAACGAGGUAGAUAGUAACGGAAGAACGAGAGGAACGUGUCGCGCACGCAUUUUAACAAAGGGAAGAAGAGAAAUCGUUUGUUACGGAUGUAGAAAGUACUAAUGUUACUACACACACACACACACACAUACACACACACACACACA